AUGUCACGUAGUACUGUCUUCGGUCCGGGAUCACAGUUUUCCUUCACGAAGUUCGGCACCUUGGCGCGCAAUAGGACCGAUGUCACCCUGAACAGACGCAUGAAGGAUGCAUUUCGGCUCGAGAACCAAAAACACAUCCGAAACGACGUGGAUCGGGAGAGGCGGUACCGCUUCUGCACCAAGUGCGGCAUCACCAGCGUGACGAUCAAUUUUAACACAGUCCCAUCGGCGCGCAUCGGGCUGUGGGGCCGUUGCGUCAACGACAAGGAUUACACCCACCACAACCUAAUGGAGCUGUCACAGCGGGAGUACGAGCAGCUGCGCGAAUGGCCGGUGGAGAGGCGGGUUCAUUGGUGGCGCUAUGAGCGGUAG